CCAUUACUGAGGUUCCUAUUUAAGCCUUUUUCACCCCAAAGUGUGUGCUCCAAAUUAAGCACUACCUAUUUAGCCUAUGUGAAGAAAUGUGUGUGUGUGUGUGUGUGUGUGUGUGUGUGUGUGUGUGUGUGUGUGUGUGUGUGUGUGUGUGUGUAAAACAAUAAACAACCUAUUACACAUAGCUGUGUUCAGUAAUCUCAAUGAAGUGUCACUGAAUGACACUCAGGUAAUACUGGGUUGAAAAAACAUGUAUGUCUUUUCAUACCCCAAACUACUAAGAAAAAAAAAAAAACAUGAUGCUAUAAAAAGAAGAAAAAUGAAAAUGAGCACACGUGGGUUGGCUGUGGCCCUACGCGGAGGGCUUCUCCAGGCUGGGUUCCUAGGAUGUCAGUGGCCUUCGUGCUGGACUGGAUGCGAGGCAAGGCGGAAGUAAAUCAGGAGACCAUCCAGCGGCUCCUGGAGGAGAAUGACCAGUUGAUCUGCUGCAUCGUGAAAUAUCAGAAUAAGGGUCGAGCACAUGAGUGUGUCCAGUACCAGCAGGUGUUACCCAGAAAGCUCAUUUUUCUGGCUACCACUGCAGAUGCCAGCCCAACCAACACUGCGAAGAAAUGGAAUAAUCUUCCAGUUGGCUGCUGUAAGGAACAACUGAACACAGCCAAUUUCCCAUGAAAUGGAGCUGGGAUCUGUACCAGUCAGUCUUCUAAAACACACGUGAAGCCUC